AUGGCGCUGGCAGACGAGGCUUGGUACCAUGGUGGUGAAGGAGACCCUGAGUGCUCCCUAGGCAUUGAAGCAUUGCUGGAAGGGCACGCUGAUCGUGGAGAAAGCGCCGAAGUCGAGAUGACACCGGGCAAGGGCACGGGAGGCGAGCACGUCAUGACAGGCGCAGGCGACGCGCCAGGGAUAGCAUCACUGGGCACUGAUCUUGAACAGUCAAGCGCGCUAGGGGCUAGGAGCGGUCAAGCGGUGUCAGGCUCAGGGUCGUGGUUGUUGUGCGAGCCAGGUGUGGUGGCUGUGGACGCCAGGCAUGGAUUUUUGCGAGUGCUAGAGGAGGAUUUGCCGGGUAUUUUUGGUGACGAUGAUUCCAAUCAAGCUAUGGCUGAUGUGGUUCUUUUAG